CGUUAGCUAGGGAGCUAGCAUUAACUAGCUCAUGGCAGUUAAUGUUAAAAUGGGUUAGGAAUUGGAAGCUGCUAAUUACAAAAGUUAGCGAGGCAAACAAGAAGACGCCAGUACCGAGUGUUUACUUGACAAUCACGUAGAAUAAGUUACAUGCGGCGACAAUGCUCGUCCCCCCCCCUUUACAUCCACUUAGUGACCCAUGACAUGUGGGCAAUUGUCAGCCUACCAUUACAUUACAGCAGCAAUGAGUUAAAAUAAACGAUUUUAGCACUUAAUAGAUUCGGCGCUGCAACAUAUUUCAGCUUUUCACACAGGGCAGAAGGGGCAUUCGAUUCAGGGACUGAGAGUUCUUGCUGAGGACAAUGGAGCUAUGAUGCACCUCUGAAGACAUCUAGAUCACAUGGGCUCCUUUGCUGUGCUGACCCAAUGGUUUAAUCACCAGGACUAAAAAUGAGCAUAAGCAGUGAUGAGGUCAAUUUCCUGGUUUACAGAUACCUGCAAGAGUCAGGCUUCUCCCACUCUGCGUUCACCUUUGGCAUAGAAAGCCACAUCAGCCAGUCCAACAUCAAUGGAGCCCUGGUGCCCCCUGCUGCACUCAUCUCCAUCAUCCAAAAGGGCCUGCAGUAUGUGGAGGCCGAAGUCAGCAUCAAUGAGGAUGGGACAUUAUUUGAUGGGCGGCCCAUUGAGUCUCUGUCCCUAAUUGACGCGGUGAUGCCAGACGUCGUUCAGACAAGGCAGCAGGCCUACCGGGACAAAAUGGCCCAGCAGCAACAGGCAGCGGCAGGCAGUGGCAGCGGUACUGGACCCCAGGGAAGCACAAAGAAUGGAGAGGGCGCUGCCAACGGGGAGGAAAACGGAUCCCACGCCUUAGCCAAUCACCACUCAGAGAUGAUGGAGGUGGACAGGGAUGUGGAGAUCCCCCAGAGUAAAGCUAUGGUCCUGAGAGGCCAUGAGUCCGAAGUUUUUAUCUGUGCCUGGAACCCAGUGAACGACCUCCUCGCCUCUGGGUCCGGAGACUCAACAGCACGGAUCUGGAACCUGAGUGAGAACAGUACAAGCAGUUCCACACAGCUGGUCCUGAGACACUGCAUACGGGAGGGAGGACAGGAUGUCCCCAGCAACAAAGACGUCACCUCACUAGACUGGAAUAGUGAGGGAACGUUGCUAGCCACAGGCUCAUAUGAUGGCUUUGCUAGAAUAUGGACAAAAGAUGGUAACCUGGCCAGUACCUUGGGUCAACAUAAAGGUCCUAUAUUUGCGCUCAAGUGGAAUAAGAAAGGAAACUUCAUCCUCAGUGCUGGUGUAGACAAGACCACAAUUAUUUGGGACGCGCACACGGGAGAGGCAAAGCAACAAUUUCCUUUCCACUCAGCGCCUGCCUUGGACGUAGACUGGCAGAGCAACAACACCUUCGCCUCCUGUAGCACAGACAUGUGCAUCCAUGUGUGUAAACUGGGUCAGGACAGACCUGUCAAGACCUUCCAGGGACAUACGAAUGAGGUCAAUGCCAUCAAAUGGGAUCCCACUGGCAGUUUGCUGGCCUCCUGCUCUGAUGAUAUGACACUCAAGAUCUGGAGUAUGAAACAGGACUCGUGUGUCCACGACCUCCAGGCCCACAGUAAAGAGAUCUACACCAUCAAGUGGAGCCCCACAGGCCCCGGGACCAACAACCCCAGUGCAAACCUCAUGUUGGCCAGCGCAUCAUUUGACUCAACAGUGCGUCUGUGGGAUGUAGAGCGCGGGGUGUGUAUUCACACACUGACCCGCCACCAGGAGCCCGUCUACAGCGUGGCCUUCAGCCCUGAUGGCAGGCACCUCGCCAGCGGCUCCUUCGACAAGUGUGUCCACAUCUGGAACACUCAGACGGGUGCUUUAGUCCACAGCUACCGGGGGACAGGAGGAAUCUUCGAGGUGUGCUGGAAUGCCACAGGGGACAAAGUAGGAGCCAGUGCGUCAGACGGAUCGGUUUGUGUAUUAGACCUGAGGAAAUGACGCUCAUCUGGGGGAGCCAUGGACCGACUACGAAUGUGUACAUAGCCAAAAUGACUGACUCUCCCUGCCUGUCCGCCACACUGCUGUAGUCCCAUCAGAUUCCAUGGCCCGCCAUUACAGCCAAAAGGAGCCCCCCCCCCCCC